GGAAUCUGGAAAAUGUUCCCCAAGAAGAAGCCCAUUAGUUUGGAACUGAAGGAUUCCUUUGCAUCAGAUACUAAGAUGAAAGAAUCACUGGUAGAUAAUGAAUGUGACAAGGCAGUGGCACCACAGCUAGGGGAGCUAAAUGAAAUUAAGACAGAACCCGACAAUUCUCAGGAGUAUUGUCAAGCCCAACAGCCCAAAACUCAGGAGAAUGAACUGAAAAUAAAUUCUACGUUUUCAGACAGUGCUUCACAGUUGACUACUGGCAUUCAGCUUUCUCUGGCAUCAUCUGGCAUGAGUAAAAUGCUUCCUUCAGUUUCAACUACAGCUAUUCAGGUUUCCUGUUCUGGUUGUAAAAAAAUUCUUCAGAAGGGGCAAACAGCUUAUCAGAGGAAAGGGUCUAGUCAGCUUUUCUGCUCCACACCGUGCAUCGCUGAAUACAUCUCAUCUGCCAAUUCACCAGCAACUCCCAAGAGAACUUGUUCAAACUGCUCAAAAGACAUUUUAAAUCUAAAGGAUGUGAUCAGUGUCCAGCUGGAAGAUACUACCUCUAGUAAAAAUUUUUGCAGCCAAUCUUGUCUUUUGUCAUAUGAAGAAAAAAGAAAACAAUUUGUUACCAUAUGUACUAAUAACAUUUUAACCAAGUGCAGCAUGUGUCAGAAGACUACUGUUAUUCAGUAUGAAGUAAAAUACCAGAACGUGAAACAUAGUCUUUGCAGUAAUGCCUGUUUUUCCAAGUUUCACUCUGCUAACAACCUCAUCAUGAACUGUUGUGAGAACUGUGGCGCUUACUGUUACAGUAGCUCUAGUCUGUUCCAUAUACUUCCGAUGGAAGGACAGUCUCAUUACUUUAGUAGUUCAAAGAGUAUUACAGCAUAUAAGCAGAAACCAGCCAAAACACUUACAUCUGUUCUUUGCAAAUCAUUGAAGCCCUCAGAUGAAAUGAUUGAGACUACCAAUGACUUGGGGAAGACAGAGCUUUUCUGCUCUAUUAAUUGUUUCUCUGCUUACAGUAAAGCUAAGAUGGAAUCUUCUACAGUAAAUGUUUCCAUGGUGCACGGUGUUUCAACGGAGCUCCUUUCUCCAAAGAAAGAUACAACUCCAAUUAUAAGCAAUAUAGUGUCAUUGGCAGAAACUCAUGUUGCCCUGCCCAUCGUGAACUCUGAUGUCUUACAAGGUACAGUUUCUUCAGUAACAGCAAAUGUCAUUGCAGAUAUUUCUAAGAGUUCACCCAGUGAAUCAAAUAGUAGUGUUGCUAAUAGUAGUGUGGAACAGCCAAGCCUUUCACCGUCUUCAUCAAUACUCGGUCAGCGUACAGCUGGCUCCAGUAUAGAAGUACAAAAAGAUCAAGUGUCAAAACAAGAUGCUACAUACAGUAUGAAAUCUGUGAAAAUAAGUGAUGGACUAUGUCAUCCAAAAUUUACAUCCAAAGUACAAAAAGUUAAAGGUAAAUCACGAAAUAUUAAAAAAUCUUGGCGUUCAAAUUUGCAGCAUUUGGGAAACAGUUUUAAAAAGGAUGUGAUAUUCUGUUAUUCGUGCCAGUUGUUCUGCGAAAAAAAAUUUAGCUGUGGAGGAGAGUCACUUGCAGCCCAAGGAAUUUCUAAUUGGAAAAAAACUCUGGAAAAAUUCAGAAAGCAUGAAAAAAGUGAAAUGCAUUUGAAGUCAUUGCAAUUUUGGAGGGAAUACCAAUUUUGUGAUGAAGCUGUCAAUGCUAAUUUACCUAUUCAUGCAAAAAAGAUUGAAGAAAAUAAAAAGUACCUAAAGCUUAUAAUUGAAAAUAUUUUAUUUUUUGGAAAGCAGUAUUUACCCUUAAGAGAAAAUGACCAGUCUGUUUCAUCUGUGAAUAAAGGCAAUUUUUUAGAAUUGGUAGAAAUUAGAGCAAAAGAUAAAGGAGAAGAAAUAUUUCGACUUAUGAAUUCACAAGUUGAAUUCUAUAAUAGUACACAAAUUCAAAAUGAUAUUAUUGAAAUAAUAAAGACUGAAAUGUUGCAAGAUAUUGUGAAUGAGAUCAAUGUCUCCUCAGCUUUUUCAAUAAUAUGUGAUGAGACAAAUGAUAGUGCUACUAAAGAACAGCUUUCAAUUUGUGUAAGAUACCCACAAAAAACAGCAAAGUCUAUCUUAAUUAAAGAAAGGUUCUUGGGUUUUAUAGAUGUUGAAGAGAUGACUGGGACCAAUUUACAUAGGACUAUCAAAACUUACCUGCAGCAAAUUGGAGUUGAUAUGAAUAAAAUACAUGGCCAGGCCUAUGAUAGUGCCACUAAUUUGAGGGGAAAAUUUAAUAAAAUUGCAGCAGAAUUCAAGAAGGAAGAGCCAAGAGCUUUAUACAUACAUUGUUAUGCACACUUUUUGGAUUUAGCAGUAAUUAGGUUUUGUAAAGAAGUAAAAGAACUCCGAAGUGCUCUAAAUACUCUCAGUUCUUUGUUCAACACUAUUCAUAUGUCUGGGGAAAUGUCUGCAAAUUUUCGAAACAUUUGUAAGCUAAGUCAAAACAAAACAUGCAAGAAACAUACAUCACAUUCAUGUUGGACAGUCCAUGAUCGUACGUUGCUAUCUGUGAUUGAGGGUCUUCCAGAGAUUAUUGAAACACUGGAAGUUGUAUCAAGCCAUGCUUCAAACAAAAGUUUGGCCAAUGAAUUGAGUGAUUUGGUGACAUUGGUUUCCAAAUUUGAAUUUAUCUUUUGUUUGAAAUUUCUUUAUCGAGUGCUGAGUGUUACAGGAAUUCUUUCCAAAGAGCUUCAAAGUGAAACCAUAGACAUUUUUUCUUUGUCUUCAAAAAUAGAAGCAAUUUUGGAAUGUUUAUCAUCUGAAAGAAAUGAUGUCUAUUUCAAAACUAUCUGGGACAGAACAGAAGAGGUAUGUCAAAAAAUAACCUGUAAAGGUUUUGAAGUUGAAAGACCUUCUUUUCAGAAAAAAAGAAAAAUUCAGAAAACAGUAGAUCUUGGCAAUUCAGAUAGUAUGUUUUUUCCUACCUCAACAGAAGAACAAUAUAAAAUUAAUAUUUAUUACCAAGGAUUGGAUACUAUAUUACAAAAUUUAAAAUUAUGUUUUUCAGAGUUUGAUUAUUGCAAAAUGAAGCAAAUUUCAGAACUGUUAUUUAAAUGGCAUGAACCAUUAAAUGAAGCAACAGCCAAACAUGUCCAAGAAUUUUAUAAACUUGAUGCAGACAUCAUUCCAGAACUUAGAUUUUACCGGCAAUAUGCAAAGCUCAACUUUGUCAUAGAUUAUGAUUGUAUCAACUUCAUCAAUCUUGGCUAUUUGUUUAUUCAGCAUGGUCUUCACAAUAACAUUCCUUGCAUAUCAAAGCUAUUAUAUAUUGCUUUGUCUUGGCCAAUUACUUCAGCAAGCGCUGAAAACUCAUUUUCUACACUGCCUCGUCUUAAAACAUAUUUAUGUCGUACCAUGGGACAAGAGAAGCUUAGUGGCCUGGCCCUAAUGGCUGUUGAGCAGGAAUUGGUAAAUAAACUGAUGGAGCCUGAAAGACUCAAUGGAAUUGUGGAAAAGUUUAUCCAUCAGAUGAAAGAAAUGUAAUACUUUCUAAGUUGAAUUUACCUAACAGAAUUUUGUAUUUCUGUUGGACUGUUACAGUUUUUAUUUCAAAAUUUCGUCUUUUAAGAAAAAAAAUUCUUUCAUC